AUGAUGUAUUUUCGGUUACGAGAGCAUGAGUAUUUUAGGGCCCAAACCAUUCCUCAUUUGUCUAUGAUCGUCCGGGCCCUUGUUCUACAUUUAUCAGAUUAUUAUGAUUCAGAAAGAUUGUUAAUGAGUUAUAAGGAUGAUGGAACUUCCUCUAGGGAUUAUUCUUUCGAUGUCAUCUUGUUUGAUGAUGACAUUGAGAAGGAUCAUAAAGCUACUUCCUUGUCACAUUCUUCUGGUGCGAUGGGAGCUUCGACUUCUCCUGCUUUAUCUACCUCGAAAAUGCAGACCGUUAGACUGAGGAUAAAACAUGUCAGAGAUUUCAUUCAGAUGUAUCAGAUAACCUAUAAUCAAGACCCGACGAUGCUGACAUCAAGGACUAUAUGGAGUACAAGGGAGCUUCUUUAUGAAGAAGGGUUCAGCCACGAAGAAGUGUUGUCUUCUCUGAAAAGAAAGAAUCUAAUUGAUAUUUGCAUUGUUAUGAGUGGCAUCACACCAUAUUUUGUUGGCCAGACCGUUACACCACCCCUUACAACUUAUGCACCCUCUUUUAUUGUCGAGGCUAUUGCAACUGCCUUCAAGGUUGGUCAGCUUACAACUGUUGUUGUCGCUCUUUUUAUGGAAGAAUAA